GGCCUCACUAGCAUGCUCUCAAACUCUCGUACAGUGAGUCGGUCAGCUCUGAACGCCGCCCUUUCCGGAAAAAAAACACACUGAACGCCGCCGCGAAAGAAGGAGCGAGACAUGGCGGCCGCACUGCUGCCGGAAACGGCGCCGAGGCUGCUGACGCCGGAGGUUCUCCGCACGGCGGCCAAACAGUCCCAGGGCAUCCACCUCGUUCCCAUCUCUCUCCGCCGCGCCAUCAAGCGCUACCUGCGUGAUCAGGACAAGACUCAUAUGCACCGAAAGGUGCUUAUGCUCUCGUCGUCCUUCGAGCGUGCCAAGGGCACCGGUGCCGAGCUGACCGCGGCUGCCACCCGUGGCGCGCUCCUCGAUGAUCCCCACGCACCCGCUGGUGCCGAGCAGCGGACCGCGCGGUGGAAGGUUCAGUCUUCCUACGGUGACACCGGCCUUCAGUACCGUGAGGAUGAGACAGUCGCUUAUGUUGCCUCCCGCAUGCCUGCUAUCUAUGCCGCAUGUCACCGCGUGCUCCGUGAGGUCCGUCGGCGGUCACCAGACUUUGCACCUAAGAAGGUGUUGGACUUUGGAGCGGGGCCGAGUUCAGCACUAUGGGCGAUGAGGGCAGUGUGGCCGAAGUCCAUAGAGAGGGUUAAUUUGGUGGAGCCCUCCAAAGAAAUGCAGAGAGCAGGACAGACCCUUCUUGACAAUUUGAAGGGCUUGCCACUUAUCCACAGCUAUGAUAGCAUCCAAGAGUUGAACCGCACCAUUGAAAAACAUGAGCGGGGCCAUGACCUUGUGAUAUCAUCUUAUGCGCUUGGGGAGAUUCCUUCUUUGAGCGACCGUAUAACAAUCGUGAGGCAGCUUUGGGACCUAACAAAAGAUGUUUUGGUUCUGUUAGAGCCUGGAACUCCUCAAGGAUCAAAGAUUAUAAGCCAAAUGCGCUCAUAUAUCCUUUGGAUGGAAAAGAGAAAGUGCCGCAAAAGCGAAAAAUCCACAGGUGGUGCUCCAAGUAAAACAAAGAACAUUGUUCAUCAAGAAGCUUUGUUGAAAAAUGGUGCCUUCGUGGUUGCCCCGUGUCCUCAUGAUGGUCGGUGUCCAUUGGAGAAUUCAGAUAAAUACUGCCAUUUUGUUCAGAGAUUGGAAAGGACGUCGUCACAGCGUAUCUACAAGAGGUCAAAAGGUGUCCCUUUGCGUGGUUUUGAGGAUGAGAAGUUCUGUUAUGUUGCUUUAAGAAGGGGCAAACGACCAGAGGAAGCUUGGCCACUUGAUGGCAUGAAAUUUGAUACUCUUAAAGAACGUCAUGCCAAGAGAAACCCAGAAGAUCUUAUCAUCGACUAUGAGGAACAAUUUCCAAGUGAGGAAGAUGAAGAAACUCUUGCUGGCCAUGAGGACAGUUUGGUCCCAUACACUUCUGACACACAAGAAUUAAGCUUAUUCCAUGAGAGCAGAGAGGAGGAAGAUGAACCCAUCCGUGCUGAUCUUGGAGGAGGUUGGGGCCGGAUAAUAUACAGCCCCAUUCGAAGAGGAAGGCAAGUACAGAUGGAUGUAUGCCGCGCCACCAAACGGGAUGCAUCUGAGGGUGCGUUUGAACGUGUAGUGGUCACUCAAAGCAAGAACCCUGCCUUGCAUCUCCAGGCCCGAAGGUCACUUUGGGGCGACCUCUGGCCAUUUUGAGCUACAUAUUCCUAAGUUUGGUCACAGCGAUUGUUUUAUGGGAGCUCCUAAUCUGUUCAGCAGCGGACUUGCUUGGUAAAAGUGCGAAUGUUGCAUUUGUGGUUGUGCUGUGAGGGCUAGACUUUUGCUUAUCAUAGAUUAUCUGUUAUGGAGAUAAUCGGCAAAACUUCAUCUCAGAUUGUCGACAUCAAGGACAUGCCUGAGGACUUGGAUCCCCUGACUUAAAAGUCACAGGUGAGGCCGGGUCCACAUGUCAGUGACCAUGAACUUCUGCAUUUUCUGCCAAACGAGCUGAUUGUAUAAUGACAACCAGCAGUGCUCAUAACGUUCAGUUUUUAUGAUUAAAUUAAAUUUGUAUGAAUUUUGUUAAUACAUGAUCGGAGCUGAAAUGUACGUAAUGACUCGCUAUGCCAUUCAA